AGCCUUUUGGGCCACAACGUGGUAUCCUUAACAGUAAAGGCUAAUUUACGCACUUGGAUAAACAUACAGGUGACUAAUUUACAUUUGCGAUGGUCAGUUACGGAGUUGGAGACCCCCCAAAACGCACUCUCGCCAAUUCAGCUUUAGGGUUUCGGUAGAAGAAAGCAAUCGCUCCAUAAAACCCUAAUCGGGUCAGCUCGUCUAAGUCAGAAGAUAAAUCUGGAGAAACCUAUGCCGUCGACGUCGCUGGCCAACGGAAACGCAGGAGACAGACCACCGGAUGUUGUGGCCGAUGAUAAGCCGGGAGUGUCGAUGAUGGAGCAGUUGGUUCCGGAGAUUACAACCCACGCGCUCAGCUACUUGGAUUAUCCAAGUCUUUGCCGCUUGUCCAUGACCAAUUCCUUGAUGAGGAAGGCUGCUAACGACGACAAUGCUUGGAAGGCCCUCUAUCACAAGGAUUUUACUCUGGAACAAGAUGGAAUAACCCCGGUCAACGGGUGGAAAGCUUACUAUGCAACAACUAGAGCAAUCAUUAGUGUGAAUACUGGAUUCUUCGACAUCAUCAGAGAGAGGUCUCUUCCAGAAAUGGCUCAGUUGUGGCUCAACUCCGACUAUGUCAAGUGCAUCCAUGCCUCUGGCGAACUUUUCUCUGGCUACAGUGAAGUGAUGCAAAGCUGGCAACUUUGUUUCAACUGGGAACAAGGGUUUGACUUUCAGGUCCACAACGUUCGCACUCGGAUCCUAACCGACAUGGCUUGGGUCACUAUGAAAGCAUACCUGAACGUGGACGCUGGUCCGUUCCUCAUCACCAACGUGUUUGAGCACCACAAUGGGAGGUGGCACAUGGUUCAUCAUCACAGCUCUGUGAUGCUCAUCGAUGGCGUCAAUCAACAGGUUGUUGUUCACUGAUGAAUUAUAUCUCUAGUUUUGUUUUCCCCUUCUUCUUUUCCUUUUUAAAGGGACAAAAAUGAGAAGGGAGAAGGAAACCUGCGUAUUUGGAAAUUGGCGUAUUAGAUUAAUUAGUGCUAUUAUUUAAUUUUAAUGACAUGUACUGAAUGUUUAUUUUGAAUGGUUUGUUCUAAUUGUUUUCCUAAUGGGUAUGUUAAAUCAGUUGGAUCAAAAA